AUGGCUGCCGUUUCCAAACCCGUUCCCGCGGAAGAAGACGUCGCAACUCCAGUCCAGACCUCAGAGGCAGUGGAUCCCUCAGCCGCUACCGACUCAGUGAACCGGACUGCUGCCAGUGUCAAGCCUGCUCCUGCAGAGACCACAGCCAGCCAAGCUGUCCAGGCCCUGAACAUACCUGCGACACCGACAGCAUCUGCAGCUUUAGCAAAGGCCCUGAUGACGGCACCUAUCGCGGAGGCCCCCGCGCACCACCAUGAGACACUGGAACCGGUCGCCCGGCCGCGACAUCAGGUAGGAGCAGACGCGCUCCCUGAGGCCCAGGCCCGGUCUGAAAAGGCCCCUACACCGCUCCCUCUGGGUCCCGAUACCCCUGAUAGACCCAAGCCUGCUCCGCUAAGCACACCUACUGGUGCGGCGGAGGCGGCCGGAGCACCCACUCCGCUGCCCAGAGGAGACAGCCCCAGGCCAAGCCACAUUAACCUGGAGGUCCAGCUAGAGAUAGCCAGCCUCACUACCAAGACAGUACCAGGAACUGCCACAAGAGGUCAGUGGAGCUCCAUCACAGCAGCUGGAGCCACCUACAUCAUGCCUCUAACUACUGCCAAAAUGGAGUCAGAGAAGGACUGCCCUGUGGACAUUGUCAUUGACUCUAGAGACUUUCAACCGCUGAAACAAUAA